CAGAAAUAAUAUUCAAUUUAAUUAAUGCGAUUAAUACUGUACACGAGUGGGACAGUGUGUCGAAAAUGAUUCAUUUGCGAAAUCAUUGGUUGAUAAAAUAUCUUUCCAUUAUUCUCGAUCAGGGCGUGCGGUGAUUAUUAUUUCGAGCGUGAAAAAUGGGUCUAAUGGCUUCUAUAGUGUAGCUCAUUAUUUACAAAGUGGUUCAGAGAUGGCUUGACAACAAAACUCGGAGAUGUUGCCUGAAACUGAGGCAAACAUUGAAGCCAUGACAGAAGGGGAAGAAAACCAGUCAAGCGGUAGCAGUGGAGCACAAGCUGAUGCCUCUGAAUCAAGAUCGGUUCAGGGGGAGGGCUCACACGAAGGGUUGGUGGAAACAUCGCAAAACUCAUCUGGUCCGUGUCCGGACCUCCUAACUGUCCAUGGCGCAACACAAGGUGAAAGUAGCGAUGCUGCCAGUAUUCGUACAGCCAGUACUUCUGUUUCUGGAAACGAAUCGACUUCGAGUAGGGUUAGUGCAGUGACCGUCGUAUUGCCUUGGGGGGCUCAAAAAGAAACUUGUAAGCCACAUCAAAUAGGAGACAUGGAUCUAAGACCCGGAGAAUUCGUGAUGCGAACGCUGUUCGCGGAUUUCACGACGCAAGCUGAGAAAAAGAUGGAGGCUGUUAUGACGGAGCACGAAAAGUCGCUUCCCAAGGUUUUACAAAGAGGGGAAGAUGCCCAAUUCGAUCAGCUACUCUCAGCUUUUGGCUCGGUUGCAGAACACUGCCUUCCUUCGAUCCUCAGGGCUUUAUUUAAUUGGUAUGAAAGACAAUUAGUGGAACAUGGAUCCGAUCAAAAGAAACAUGCCUCAACAAAAGAAGACCAAAAAGGGAAGAGCAUCAUGUAUACGAUAGUUUCCGGAAGUGUGGAAACUGUUGAGAGAAGUGAAGCAGAUUUACUCCAGGAACGUAGAGAUCUAGCAGUGGAAUUUAUAUUUUGUUUGAUGUUAAUCGAAGUUUUGCGUCAAUUACCUUUUCAUCCGGGUCAUGAAGACCUCGUAACAUACAUCGAAAAUAUUGCCUUUAAACACUUCAAAUAUAGAGAAGGAAUUCAAAAUGAACCGAAUGCAGCAAAUAUUCACAUCAUCGCAGAUUUAUAUGCUGAGGUUAUAGGAGUUCUUGCUCAGUCUCGGUUCAUGUCUGUCCGAAAGCGCUUUAUGGUUGAGUUAAAGGAACUACGAGCAAAAGAACCAGGACCUCAUACCACUCAAAGUAUAAUUUCUUUGUUAAUGGGUAUGAAAUUCUUCAGAGUAAAGAUGGUUCCUAUAGAAGAAUUUGAAGCGUCAUUUCAGUUUAUGCAAGAGUGUGCUCAGUAUUUUUUAGAAGUCAAAGACAAGGAUGUGAAACAUGCUCUUGCAGGACUUUUUGUCGAAAUUCUGGUACCUGUUGCAGCUGCUGUGAAAAAUGAAGUGAACGUCCCAUGCCUGAAAAACUUUGUAGAGAUGCUGUAUUCGACAACCCUGGAUAUGUGCACUAAAAACAAACAUCGUCUUGCACUCUUUCCUCUUGUUACGUGCCUCCUUUGCGUAAGUCAAAAAACCGUCUUUCUUCAGAGCUGGCAUUGCUUUCUAGCCAUGUGUCUCUCUCACCUGAAGAAUCGUGAUCCCAAAAUGUGUCGAGUUGCUCUAGAGGCUUUGUAUCGUUUACUAUGGGUUUACAUGAUUAGAAUCAAAUGUGAAAGUAAUUCAGCAACGCAGAGUCGCUUACAGAGUAUAGUGAAUUCCCUCUUUCCGAAAGGAUCAAAGGCUGUUGUACCAAGGGAUACACCACUGAAUAUUUUUGUAAAAAUCAUUCAAUUUAUUGCCCAAGAGAGACUGGAUUUCGCGAUGAGAGAAAUAGUAUUUGAUCUCUUGUCCGUUUUUCGACCCGUUAAGAUUAUUUUAACCCCUGAGAGAAUGAGCAUCGGACUCCGAGCUUUUCUGGUCGUCGCAGACAGUCUUCAGCAAAAAGAGGGAGAACCACCUAUGCCCCGAACUAUGGGCGUUCUUCCUAGUGGAAAUACCAUGCGUGUUAAAAAAACGUACCUUAAUAAGAUGCUGACGGAAGACACAGCAAGAAGCAUAGGAAUGUCUUCAUACUUUCCCCACGUUCGACGCGUGUUUGUCGAUAUUUUACGAGCUCUAGACAUUCAUUAUGGCCGACCUCUGAUGAUGACCAGUACGCAAAACAUGAACAAAGAACCCGAUGAAAUGAUAACGGGAGAACGUAAACCACGAAUUGAUCUUUUCCGAACAUGUGUCGCAGCCGUUCCUCGCUUAAUUCCAGAUGGAAUGACUGGUGCCGAAUUGGUUGACUUACUAGCUCGUCUCACAGUUCAUAUGGACGAAGAGCUACGAGCACUGGCCUACCAGAGUCUUCAAACGUUAGUUCUUGACUUUCCUGACUGGCGACAGGAUGUGGUUUUGGGGUUCACACAAUUUCUUGCUAGAGACGUUCAAGACACUUUUCCUCAAUUAGUUGACAAUGGCUUGAGGAUGCUCUUACAACUUCUCACUAGUUGGAAAAACGCACUGUCCAGUCCCAAUGUAAGAUCUAAGGAACAACCUGUUGACCCUAACAGGAUUCAUCUUAGAAUUGAUUCGGCUAUUAAAAAAGUGGAAUCAGGUCAGAAAGUUGAGCCAGUGUCUAGCGUUUUUCAUUUGGUGGAAGGAUUCGCUCUCGUGAUGUUGUGCAACUGCAGACUUUAUCCACGUCGUUUGGCUGUACAUAUAUUAAGGGAAAUUAAGCUUUUAUUAAAAACUUUAGGGAGUCUUGAAGACGAUCAACCUGUGAUCGAUGUUAUAGAUGCUUGUUGUCCAGCGGUUUUGGAAAAGUCUUAUCAUAUGUUGCCACCUGCAGAAAAAGCGGCUGCUGCAUCUACUUCGAAUGUCGAUCUUCAGUGGAUAGCUGAGAGAAGCAGCUGCGUCUGGACAGCCGGCUUCCAUGACGAGAACAGUACAAAAAGUUCGUCAUCUCUAAACUUGAAUGGGGCUGAUCCUUGGAGCAGCUGUUUAUUUGCAUUUUUGGAAAAGGACAGAGUUCUCACACUUUGUCCGAACGCUGUUGCUCAUUCCUGGCCAAUCGUUUUUACUCGAGUGAAUUCUUUGUUUACUGUCGUCGAUCCAACACCCGUAAAUGACAACAGAGCCUCCCUUUUGAGAAGUUCGACUGCGAUUAGAAAACCUGUAAACGAAAGAGAUGUUUAUAUGCACGUUUGGAAAAACUAUUUGACUUUUGGAUACAGAGUCGUUCCACCCAUACCGAGUCCAAUCGUUCGAUGCGCGAGUCCAGAUCUCAGUCUCAGUGGUCAGCAAACGGUGGAGUUUGGUGUGUUGUGCAUGAGUAAGGAGUUGAGUCAAAGUCUGGAAAACCUCGGUGGGGCGCAGACCCUGCCAGGUCGGUUCUCUGUUCCGUCCAUUUCCGGGAUCUACACCAGGCAUAAGAGGACCAGCUCAUCGCCCGAUAGUCUUUCCGCUGAGCGAGGUGACAAUAAAUCUCCAGGAACGAACGCCAGUCCUUCGGCCUUGUACAAAUUAACAGUACCUUUACUCAGAUGCGAAGCAGUCGAUGUUAGAGAUGCUGUGGUUCAGGCUAUUGGCAAAGUCAACGCCGACGCUUUGAAGGACUUAAUGGAGGAGUUAGUACCCUAUAUUAAAGAAGCAGUGGAUCGAAAGCAAGAGAAUAUGAGAAGACGUCGCAGGCGGGAUGCUCUCAGACUGCAGCUUGUUCGGGUUCUGGAAUUGAUUGCUGAAUACGGAACAUUUGGUAUUUGCCCAGCAGUGCUUGAUCGAGAAACACAGUCUUUACAUCCAACGUUUGUUGAAUACAUGGAUGGUGCACGUUUAUUUCUGGAAAAUGAAAAUGACAAAGAGGCUCCUGCAGUCAGAGAUAUUAAGUUGCACUUCUGUAAUUUCAUUAGAAAGAUGAUUAAAAGUUUCACUCUUGAAACAUGUCACACUCUUCUAAAAAGAGACUUGCGCCGCAACCUUUUCACACUUUUUGCAAGUUGGGCUGGACCUUACGGAAAACCACUAACUAGUUCUUCAAUGUCACAUGAAGAGGAAAAAACAUGCUCAGAGUUGCAGCUUUCCGCUCUUCAAGCCAUGAGUGGAUUAUUAUGCUGUGGUCCAUGUUUCAAUCCGCAAUCAUUAUCCGAAGAGGGUGCAAUUAUUUACCAAUGGCUGGAUCUCUUAUUAUCCAGCAAAGAUGAAAAGAUUUAUGCUCUUUCUCGGGAGACCGUUGUGCUGCUGUUGGAAGGCAACCCUGAUAUUGGAGCUCUUCUUGAUUGGGUAGUGGAUCGCUGUUACACGGGAGUGCCUCAAGUGGCCGAUGGCUGUUUUCUUGCUCUUGCAACGAUAUUCAGCGCGAGAGAAUACCCCUGUGAUCAUUAUACGAGUGUGAUCAAUGUCACUCUGAUGAAUACAGGUUGUCCACGGGCUCCAGUCCACGACGCUGCACUGCAGCUUCUGCAACUUCUUGACCAGAGAUUUUUUGGUAACGUGAGUCCGUUAGCUGCUACGGAAUUCGAUAUCGGUCAAGAUGAACUGGCUGUUGGCUCGUCAGCUGCUGGUGGUCCAGGACAAGUCAGUGUCAUUAAUGGUGGAACUACUAGAGGAGGCACCCUUGAUGCUUUGUUGUCGACGACGUAUUGCAGAAACCAAAUGUACCUUUCUCGCCAACUUGCUCAACUUCAUCCAGAACUCACUAUGCCCAUGUUCAGCGAAAUCACGCACAGAUUUCAAACAGCCCGAAGAGAAGUGCGCCAAUUGCUACUGCAAUAUUUGCUUCCCUGGCUUCAUAACAUGGAACUCGUGGACCCGAAUGUUCCACCUCCAUCCAAUCCACUGAGUUAUUACCAGUACUACGCAAGUGAUAUGGCUCGAAGUGGAGGUCGUAGAGAAGGGUGGGGCAGUGCCGAGGCUACCGAAAUGGUUCUGAAUAAUUUAUUUUACAUCACUGCAAAGUUUUCUGAUCAACAUCCCAAGGAAACAGAAGAACUAUGGGCAACACUUUGUGGCUGUUGGCCUAACAAUCUUAAAGUUAUCAUCCGAUAUCUCAUUAUUAUCUCAGGAAUGGCACCUCAGGAGUUACUGCCUUACGCAAAACGUGUAGUUCUCUAUUUGGCAAGAGCUCGGCCUGAUCGUCUCGUAGACGAAAUGAUGACCGAAUUGCAAACAGUGGAGACCCUUAACUGUUUGAUCGAGCGAACAGAGACGCCUCCAUUCUAUCGCCUGACUAGUAUGAGAAAAGCGUCUUCUCAUAGCGAUGCGCCAGCAGCUGAUCCUGCAAAUCCUUCACGAGACUUGGGAGUUGAAAAAGGAACCAUUCACACAAAACGUCAUUCUGGAGAAGAUCCGGUUAAGACAGGUGGUUCAAAGUCGGACUCUGCCUUGCGUGCAUUAGCUGGGUUCUCAAAUCCCAGGACGGAGAAAACAAGAACUGCAAGCGGCCCACCAAUUCUGCCGGAUGAUCUCUCAACUCCUACUACCGAACCUGAGAUGAAUACUGACGAGACGUGUUACGUUUCACGAAAUGGAGCCUCAGGAACAAACGGAAAAACUGUUUGCAUUGGAGAAAAAUUCGAUAUUCCUCAACCACAUCCUUUACCAAUGCCUGAAUACGGAGGAUAUUUUGCACCUCUUACAGAGUACUUGCCAGAUAGCUCCCAACCAAUUAGCGGUUUCCACAGGUGUAAUAUAGCAGUCAUGUUGCUCACAGAUGUUGUCGUGGACGGCAUUCAAUUAGACUGGGCCAUCCACGUACCCUUGAUGCUGCACAUAAUUUUCCUUGGAUUGGACCACUCAAGACCAUUAGUCAGGGACCACUGUCGAUGCCUCCUCUUAAAUCUGCUGGUGGUACUCGGCGAUCACCGCGAUCAUCUCGGUGUAGCACGAGUGUUGUUAGCCACGAAAACCGAACAGUUGGGGUUGGGAUUAUCAACUCCGCCGCUGCCAGUAAUUGAGCAUAACUUUACGGAAGUGGAUCCAGAGUUUGAUAGUUAUCUGUAUGGUCCUUCAGCCGCUGUUCAAGCUUCUACACCACCUCAAGCAAAUUCUCCGCCACCAGUUUCACCUUCUUCAUCUCCUCAACCUCCACCACCUCCACCACCGCCACCUCCACCACCACAACCACCACCACCUCCUCCUCCACCGCCACCACCGCCGCCGCCUCCACCUCCGUCUUCUUCUACGAGUGUUACCCCAACUCAUUCCCCUACGAAUACGAAUACAUCUUCUUCUACGACAACUUGCUCGAUGAGUCAAGUGGCUCAAUCCCUUGCUGACACUACUAAAGUUCGAACUACUAUUUAUUCUUAUGAAUCAUCUGCGGGAAGUGGAUGGCCUCCAUCCCCAGGAGCAGUGAAGGCCAUGACAGUGCCACCAGUCAUCAUAACACCCGAAGAUGGGGCAAACUGGAACGGGCCACAACCAGGGCCUAACAUGUCCAUUCAAGACGUGAUAAAAUCCCUUAUAAACUUCCUUGCUUCAAGACCUAACCAACCCUUAUGGAAUUACGAAGAUAUGACAGCCAAAGUCUGGUACGUCCGAAGUGCAGAACAACUAACGAUUUUACUUCGCCAUGUUUUGCGAGUCUUUCGAGAUUCAUUGCCACACGCACUUGUUAGUCAACGAUGGGCCCAAACCGCUCUCCAAUUGGGACUCUCCUGUUCCUCCAGACAUUAUGCAGGCAGAUCGCUUCAAGUAUUUCGUGCUUUAAGAGUUCCUAUCACUUCUCGCAUGCUCUCUGAUAUUCUCUCUAGACUGGUGGAAACUGUAGCGGAACAAGGCGAAGAUAUGCAGGGAUAUGUCACGGAACUGCUUUUAACUCUUGAGGCAGCUGUUGAUUCCCUUGAAUCAGAUUUCAGACCACUAGAUUUCAUGAAAGAAAUUUUCAAAUCCACGCCCAACUUGAACAACAAAGACGCAGCUUCGGUUAUGAAGAGAACAGGAAACGUUUAUCCUGCUGGUCCUCAUGUUUAUUCGCAUAUCUAUCAAGCAGGACAUACCCGAAGUACCAGUUACUCUGUGAGUUAUUGCAUGAGAAAAUCUGCAGCAGCUAAUACAACGAAUGAAAUCAAAGAACUCGACAAUCGGAUUGGUAACAAGUACCCAAACACUAAUCUCUCCAGAUCAAGAUCCGCACAAUCUCUAAAGUUAUUAGGGGAUUCUGCGACGCAAGACGACAAGAUGACGAUCUUAGCUCAGCUUUUCUGGCUCUCUGUCUCUCUUCUCGAGUCUGACUAUGAACACGAGUUUCUACUUGCUUUAAGACUUUUGGAUAGAGUACUUCAUAGACUUCCUUUGGACCGUCCAGAUGCACGAGAUAAAGUUGAGAAACUGCAGCAGCAGCUCAGGUGGAAUUCAUUCCCUGGAGUUCACGCUCUCCUCCUCAAAGGUUGCACCAGUCCAAAUACCUACGAACCAGUGGUUACCCUACUCUCUCAAUUCACGCCCUUGCUCGAUCUACCAGUCGUCGAUCCUACGCAGAGCCUUGCUUUCCCCAUGAAUGUCAUCUCUCUACUACCGUAUAUGCUUCUCAAUUACGAGGAUGCUAAUGAACUCUGUAUCAGAAGCGCGGAGAAUAUUGCUCAGAUGAGCGCUGAAAAAGGCAAGAAAUUGGAAAACUUGGGAACUGUCAUGACUUUAUAUAGUCGUCGCACCUUCAGCAAAGAGAGUUUCCAAUGGACCAAAUGCGUUAUUAAAUAUCUUUAUGAUACGUACGCACAUUUGAGUUUUAACAUGCUCGCGUUUCUGGUAGAAGUUUUGGAAAAAGGACCUGGAAAUGUGGCUCUGCCAAUUUUGAGUAUCAUACACUGUAUGUUACAUUAUGUCGACCUCGCUUCCCAAGCAGCCCAACCUAUUACUACUGAACUGCUCAGAGUUAUCUCAAAAUACGUAGAGGGUCCACAAUGGAGAGAAUCACUUAAGAUCCUAAAACUGGUUGUGACUCGUUCUUCAACUCUCGUAGCACCACCCAUAUCAGUGCACGGCUCUAAUUGGGAUUCAUCUUUAGUUUCACCGCAUCCAAGCUUUACAGACACAGAGAUAUUCACCAAAAAGGAAUUGCCUGGGAGAACUAUGGACUUUACCUUCGACCUUUCACAAACGCCGGUAAUUGGGAGACGAUGGUUAAUUCGCUCGGUCGGAGAAGAAAAGAAUCUAAACUCUCCAAGACGGUCGUUGUCGCUUUCUCCUGCCGAUAGUAACGCUAUUGCAGGAUGGAAAAGACCUUGGAUGUCUCAGGGACGUGUCAGAGAGUGUUUGGUGAAUCUUCUGACCACUUGCGGACAGCGAGUCGGACUGCCAAAAAGCCCAUCCGUGAUAUUCAGCCAGAGCUCCGAUUUGAUGGAAAGACAGUCCUCGAUGGCCUCGUCGACAGAAGAAGUUUCUGGAGCCAACAAUGACUUGAGCGGCGGUUCGCGUCGGGACGACGAGCAGUUUGGAGUUUUCAAAGAUUUUGAUUUCCUUGAAUACGAGAGCGAAAGCGUUGAGGGUGAGAGCACAGAUAAUUUCAACUGGGGAGUGCGAAGGCGACCACUCAGCGAAGGAGAAGAAAGGGAACCAAGUCUCCGACAGUUCGAGGAGAGCCUCAGUGACAAGACAUUAUCCUCUAGCAAACAAACUACAAGGCGAGGAGUGACGGAGGAAUCAUCAGACGAUGAAGUCGGAUCUGAAUCCCCACUGGAUGAAAUUCCUGGAGGCACAGCAGUAGGACAAGAAGUUAACAGCAUGUCUGGAAUAUUCCCACCAUCAUCGCUGCCCUUGAUUCCGAGUCGAUCUCGUCAUGAUUCAUCAACAAGGUCUGAUACAUCUGGAUCGAGUGCUGGUGAUUUGGGCGACGUAACUCCAUGCAAUGCUUCACCAAAUCUGUCCACUUUGAUUCCGUUCCGUCAAGUAGUUCGUGAUGACAACGAAGAAAUAUGGAGACAGCAGAUACAAACCCUAACGACGCAGGCGUCUUACAAUGCUUUGGAUUUUUUUCAACUUUUAAGCAGAAUCUUAAGAGAUGUUUGUAGUAAAUCGGUAGGUCUUACUCGAGAAGCGAGUGCCUUAUUCAACAACGGGAGUCCAGCCUCAGCACAACUGGGUUCGCAUUUAUCUAGUCAUGCCGAAUUACUUAGUACAAAAGGGGAACCGCCUCUGGUGUGGUUCUCGACAACAGUGUUCGGGAAUCAAAGACUCAACGAGUCCUUGCGUUUUGGAAUGCUCGAGAUACAAGAACAUCUUGAGACUUUUCUAGAUAGGAAGGAUCACGCAACGGAGUGUCUAGAAGCAGUGAAAACGACGGCUAAGCUUCAUGCAUUAGGCGAGGCCCAUUCAACUGACGCAGGUAUUGAAGAAAUGCUCCUGGACUUGGGUAGAGCUCUCUACAAGCUUCAUUUCCAGCUUUUGCUGUUAAUUGAAGCAUCGAACAAAAUGUUGGGCGCACUACUAGGUGCGGCCAAGAAUAUCCAGGUUCAGUUGCAAGACAUGUCUUCUGAAAUCGCGAAUAUGAAAGUCGCAUUAAGUAGAGCUUUGGAGGAAAGCACGGAGAGCGAGAGAGGAACUCCAACUCCGACACCGAGUCCGAGUCCACUUCCGGGUACGGGCGCUCUGGAGGAAUUCGCAAGGGUAGCAGAACUCUUGAGAUCCGCGCGAUGGACCGCCGCUCUCGAGGCUGUAAGACUGCACAGGGCUCAAUGGCCCGGUGAUCCCUUCCAUGACGAUGAUGAUGUUACGACUGCUGUCAAUAUGUACUGUAGGCAUUUAGGACAAGAUAGAUCUGAUCUCUUUGUGGUGACAAGAACCGACGCUGAAAUGUCCGACAUAUUCAGCAGAUUGAUGGAGAGUCUGUUUAAAGUACUAGCUGCUGCGACGGGUCUGGAAUCCUCAACGAAGGCUGCCAGAGUCCAGAGUGAGAAUUCUAACCACACGAAAACCGACUGCUAAUGUAGCAAUAGUUUUAGUACUGAUAAUGUGACAUCGUUUCUAACAGAGUUCUAAUAAUUCUGUGUGUGCAAUAAGUGCACGCGCAUGCAUUAACCAUAUCGGGUUGCAGUCUCGCACUGCGAUUAAAAGCACAUAGAUCAAUAAUUGCGAAGAAUUUUCAUGCAAGAAGUUUCUUUUGGUAUUGCUAUCGAGCGAUAAUUGUAUCGUCGAGGAUUGUUCGUUUAUAAGAAGCAAGCGACUUUGAACGACAAUCGCAGAUCCUAGAUGUCACUGUGAAAAGCCUUUUCUUUCGUUGUAGAAAAGAAAAGGGCAUGAAUGUAUGGCAGAACUUCAAUAACGCACAACUUUGAGAAUCAUUGUUUUGUCAGGAUCGUAACAAUGUCGGUUUUUAGAAUGUUAAAUAACAUGAUUGGUGCAAAAACGUUUGUCCUUCGAAAAAUCAACUGAAUUGUAAAAAUUUUGCAUUCCAGAUGUGUAAGACAAAAGUAAACAUUUUCUUUUGAAUCUCGUUUAAUUGUAAAGGACAAAUGGGUUAUCAUUUAACAGUCGAAAUAUUUAAUAAUUUUUCAAUGGAAUCGGAAUAUACUGGGUAUUUUAUAAAUGUGAUAUUCAUAAAUGGAAUACGUUGUCGGUAUCGCCAGUCGAUUGCCGUUUGAAAAAACUACUUGAAACUCACUUGAUGUCGAGAUUGUUUUUUUCGCAUUUUAUUUUUUUCGCAUUAUUUAGAAAUCUUAACGAUUUGAAUCAUGUAAGUCUGUUGCAAUAAAUUGACGAAGCUACAAACAAAUGACGCUUGCUUUCUUGUCAGUGAUGAAUUCUAGUAUGUCACUUUAGAAACUAAGUUCCCUCGAAUUGAUGAAAUUCUGACAUGCUGCCGAAAAAUUCAAGAUCGAGAAACUUUGAUUUGAAAAAUUUCAUCGAUGUUGUCAACUUCGGAAAAAGAUUCACUGAUCAGACAAUAAUUACUUCAAUUAAAUUUGAUACAUUAUCGGUUUGUAACUCUUGUUUAUUUCCUAAGAUGUCGAAUGGUGCAUUCAAUUAUUGUAUGCAAACAGAACGUGUUAGCUUUGAAAGCAAAACAUUCAAACAAAGAAAAAUCUUUGGAUUUUGAAGUGAAGUGGCCUAAUUGUGGGAAAAUUAUUGCGAGAACAUGCUUCCAGAGCGUCGUGGAUUUGAUGAAGAAAUGGAAAGAAUAUCCGGUAUUAUCAAUAGUGCCUUUUCUCUUUUUGACAACUGGUAUAGUAUUUUUUCUCCAGGGGAUGAAAGACUGGAUGUUCCAUGUAGAAUUUGUGCGUAGAAGAGCUGCUAAUUGGUCGCAUUCUUAUAUUUGUGAAGUUAUUGGAGUGUUCCAACACCGGCUUAUCCUGAACCUCGAAUCACUGUCAGCGUUCACUUUUGUAUUGAAGCCAGUAAAGUGAAACCUUCUCCUUUUCCUGUAGAUGUAAGUUUUCUUUUUCAUACGGCACUUUUUCAAUAACUUGUAUAGAAUUGUUUUAUGAAAUAAAGGCUUAAAGUCGCA